AGGUGUUCGCGCAGGUUACUUUUUCACCUGCAGGUAGCACGCGGGGGCUCGUGCAGGGCGGAUUACUCGGCGUUUAACCAAACGAAACACUAAAGACACGGUUAAAUCAACUAGCCGGUCCGUUUUCUUGAACUUCCAUGUUGAUAUUUCUCCUUGUUGUGGGAAUCUGGGACCUUUUUCGUGGAAAAUAAUCAGCAUGAGUGGAAGGAAAUCUUUGUAAACUCUGCUGGACACAUUGUCAAGAGGAGUGAGUGAGCAGUGGAGACAGAGAUAGGAAACUAUCGUGUGCUGAGAUUGACGUGGAUAAGCUAAAGUGCUGGCUGGAAGAGCUGAGGGGACGUGUUGUCUGGCCUGCUGUCUGUAAAAUUGAAAUCUAAGGAAGUUGAACUAGUGGACCGUUGCUGAAAAAAAAGAAAAGAAAUGGCACGUCUGGCCUGGUUUGGUCUGUUUCUGACAAGACUAGUAGCCUCUGUGUGUGGUGAGUCUGUCCAGCCUGUUGUGCCUGUGGACUUGCAGACCUUUGCUGACGAGGAGACACGGCUGCCCUGUGAGUUUAAAGUGCAGGAUGAGAGCAAAGUGGUGCAAGUGACCUGGUCCAGAGAGCAGCAUGACGGGGUCAAAGAGCAAAUCAUCACUAAACACAUGACAGAAGGAGUUCAAGAGUUUCCGGGUUUUGGUGGCCGUGUGCGCUUUGAGAGUCUUGACCCUUUUAAAGACUCAACACUGCUGAUCCUGAGCACAAAGGAAUCAGAUGAUGCCACGUACACUUGCCACAUAUCUACUUUUCCCUCAGGAAACUUCGAGAAACAAAUCAGACUCACUGUCUGGAGAAUACCCAUCGCCAUGCUGGAACCUGUCAUUCUGGAGGAGGGUCAAACGUUCCGUGUGGCCGCAACGUGCCGUGCAGUUGGCUUGCCUCGGCCCCACCUCUCCUGGGAUACAGACCUCCUUGGCCAAUCGCAAAACAAAAGCUCAGAAGAUAAGGUCAUCACUUCUUCCUUCCUACUGCACCCUUUAAGGAGCCUGAAUGGCCGUAAGCUGGACUGUCUGGUAUGGCAUCCUGCUCUAGAGAAUCCCCAAAGGCUCAGCAACACACUGGUAGUGCACUUUCCGCCUAAUCCUGAGGUUGUUGGGUAUGAUCAAAAUUGGUCAGUUGGUCGGAUAGGAGCGGAGCUCAGGUGUGAGAGUGGAGGGAAUCCCCGACCACAAAACUUCACCUGGACCAGGAAGGGCAAAGGUUUGCCUGAAGGCGUGUCUGUGGAGGGCAACAGGCUCAUUUUUACUCGCCCCCUGAAUAAGACGGACGAGGGUGCUUACGAAUGCGAAGCCAGAAACAGCAUGGGGGCUGUGCGGGCAGAGUUUAAUGUUGAGAUUCCAGUAACUUCUGAAGCUGCUAGGCUGGUGGCCUCCUUCAACAACCUCCUAAUUAUCAUAGUGGGUGGAGCUGCUGGGGGUCUAGUUGUCCUCAUGGUGAUUAUCAUCAUUCUGGUGAACCGCCACCACAGACGCAGGAACAGGAAGCUGAAGAGGGAGCUCACUGAAAGAAAAGAGGAGAUAAAUAAUCUCUCAAGACAAACCUCAAUGAGGAGACUCAACUCUGUCAGCACUGACCCUAGGAUACAGACUGAGGAAUGUGCCCUAAUCAGACUGGACAGCGCUCUGAAAAACAGCUUUUUAUCUCUAGAGGGGAACUCCACACUAUGUGACCAGAAGGAUGGGCUCAGAGAAGGAGAGUAUGAUAGCCUUGGUCGUCCGGCCAUCUACCCAUCCUACCGCUCAGAGCGAGGGAGCGGGAGGAGGAAAGAGACAGAGGUGGAAAGAGAGGAACGAAGACGCAGAGUGGAAUCCUUUGUAACCAACAGCACUGUGCCUUUGGAUUCAGAUUCACUUCAUAGAGACCAGAGCCCUCCGCCGCUGUCCAUUAGUUCAGGGCCUCCGAGAGAAGGAGGGAUGGAGAAAGAGGGAUGGGGACAGAGAGAGGGAGUGACAGAGGGAGAGGAAGGUGAUUGCACCUCCAACUCCUAUCAGAUCUCAGAGGCUCUCUCCAAUCACUUCCACUACAGCAACGGCUUCCUCAGGCCAAAGCCUCACCCUAAUGCUAUACUACUGCACCCACGGGGCCAAAUCAUCUGAUCUGUUCAGCCUACUGUGACUACCUGCACAUCAUAGCAUCAAGGAAGAAAAUGUUCUUUCAUGGGGCAUCUCACUUUUGUGCUGGUUUCAGCCUCCAGGAUCCCCAAGUGUGAACUGUGGUCCAGCAGAGCUUGCCCUGAAGAACUUUAUAUUUAGCCUGUUUGCUGCUUCAACUAAAGAAACGGUGCAAAUGCUUAGCAUUUUUCUACACUCCUUGGGGCAAGCCAAUGUCAAUAUCACCCAUCCAGACAAGUGAACCUUGAAUGACCUUCAGAUUCUUCCUGUACCCAAUGACCUCUGCCUGGCCUAGCAGGUUAGGUGCUUUGAAAGUGAAAACUCAUUGUGGCCAGUUGCUUUGGGUCACCAUCAAAUCACUCAACAUGGAUUAUACAAGACCAUAAGCCUCACUGCAAAAUAUUCUAUUAGAGAAGUGCCUCCCAAGCAGAGGCAGAUGAGAAAAGUAUCACUUGCAAGACAGUAAAACUCUGUUAGCAUUUGCACACCUUUAAAA